GAAUAGAUUCUCAAGCACAGCAUUCCCUCGAUGCAAUCGCGCCUCCGUCCUGACUGAUGAGGGGAUUCUUGUACCGGUAUCGCCAUUAUUUUCGCUGUCGGGCAGCGAUGUUUCUUCUGGCGCCGCUGCCAUCGAUGCGAGUAUCCCCGCUCAAGCCAAGAGGAGAGCGAGCGAUACCGACAAGGGCUAUCAUGGAAAACGCAGGCCAACAGAUACGACACGAUGGUCACAAGUCAAGCGUUGGCAGAGUUUUCGCAGUUAAGAUCGGCCCUCGGCAGCUCCAGGACGAAGAAAGGAGAAAAUGUGGCUGCUCUCGCUUGCUCUGGUGCUGCUGCUCCAGCUCUCCGCGGCGCAGAACGUUUCCUAUGAUCAUCGAUCGCUUAUACUGAAUGGGAAACGGAGGAUUCUUCUGUCUGGAUCCGUGCACUAUCCUCGAGCGACACCCGAGAUGUGGCCGGGGAUCAUCCAGAAGGCAAAGGAAGGUGGGCUGGAUGUGAUUGAAACGUAUGUGUUCUGGGAUCGGCAUGAACCAUCUCCAGGACAGUACUACUUUGAGGGUCGAUACGACUUGGUGAAAUUCGUGAAACUCGUGCAGCAAGCUGGGCUUCUUGUGAAUCUCCGGAUCGGCCCAUACGUUUGUGCAGAAUGGAACCUCGGAGGAUUUCCCAUCUGGCUAAGGGACAUUCCCCAUAUUGUCUUCAGGACAGACAACGAGCCUUUCAAAAAAUAUAUGCAAAGUUUCUUGACAAAGAUCGUAAACAUGAUGAAAGAAGAAAACUUGUUUGCUUCCCAGGGCGGUCCUAUAAUUCUAGCUCAGGUUGAAAACGAAUACGGCAACGUUGAUUCGCAUUAUGGGGAGGCUGGUGUGAGGUACAUAAACUGGGCAGCUGAGAUGGCUCAAGCUCAAAACACAGGCGUCCCUUGGAUAAUGUGUGCGCAGUCUAAAGUUCCCGAGUACAUCAUUGACACCUGCAAUGGAAUGUAUUGCGACGGCUGGAAUCCAACUCUAUACAAGAAGCCAACUAUGUGGACUGAAAGCUACACUGGCUGGUUCACAUAUUAUGGAUGGCCACUUCCGCACAGGCCUGUGGAGGACAUUGCCUUCGCAGUUGCACGAUUUUUUGAACGCGGGGGUAGCUUCCACAACUAUUACAUGUAUUUUGGGGGAACAAAUUUUGGGAGGACGUCAGGUGGUCCAUAUGUCGCAAGUAGCUAUGACUACGACGCACCUUUAGAUGAAUAUGGCAUGCAGCAUCUUCCUAAGUGGGGACACUUGAAGGACCUUCACGAAACGCUAAAACUGGGCGAAGAAGUUAUUUUGUCAAGCGAAGGACAGCAUAGUGAACUCGGUCCAAAUCAAGAGGCCCAUGUCUAUUCAUAUGGAAACGGAUGUGUGGCAUUCCUUGCCAACGUCGACAGUAUGAACGACACAGUUGUAGAGUUUAGAAACGUUUCCUAUUCCCUGCCAGCUUGGUCUGUGAGCAUUGUUCUUGAUUGCAAAACCGUGGCAUUCAACUCCGCAAAGGUGAAAUCGCAAUCUGCGGUUGUGAGCAUGAAUCCUUCAAAAUCGAGCUUAUCAUGGACAUCAUUCGAUGAACCUGUAGGAAUCUCGGGAUCAAGUUUCAAAGCUAAGCAGCUACUGGAGCAAAUGGAGACGACUAAAGACACGAGUGAUUAUCUGUGGUACACGACAAGCGUUGAGGCGACGGGAACUGGUUCAACAUGGCUUUCCAUUGAAAGUAUGAGGGACGUUGUCCACAUUUUUGUGAAUGGACAGUUCCAAAGCUCUUGGCAUACUAGUAAGUCGGUUCUAUAUAAUUCGGUGGAGGCACCUAUUAAGCUAGCUCCUGGUUCAAAUACAAUUGCACUACUGAGCGCUACGGUUGGCCUUCAAAAUUUUGGAGCCUUUAUCGAGACUUGGAGUGCGGGCCUGAGCGGUUCGCUGAUACUCAAGGGCCUUCCGGGUGGAGAUCAGAAUUUGUCAAAACAAGAGUGGACAUACCAGGUCGGUCUCAAAGGCGAAGAUCUUAAACUUUUCACAGUAGAAGGCUCUCGUAGCGUAAACUGGUCAGCCGUCUCGACAAAAAAGCCUCUGACAUGGUACAUGACAGAAUUCGAUGCUCCACCCGGAGAUGAUCCGGUUGCAUUGGAUUUGGCAAGCAUGGGUAAAGGUCAAGCGUGGGUGAACGGACAGAGCAUUGGACGAUACUGGCCAGCAUAUAAAGCUGCGGACUCGGUCUGCCCCGAGAGCUGUGACUAUCGUGGGAGCUACGAUCAAAACAAAUGCCUAACAGGCUGCGGACAGUCAUCUCAGCGCUGGUAUCACGUUCCUCGUUCUUGGAUGAAGCCGAGAGGAAAUCUUCUGGUCCUUUUCGAAGAAACCGGUGGUGAUCCAUCGAGCAUAGACUUCGUGACGAGAUCCACGAACGUGAUCUGCGCACGAGUUUAUGAAUCCCAUCCAGCUUCCGUGAAGCUCUGGUGCCCGGGUGAAAAGCAAGUCAUCUCCCAGAUACGUUUCGCCAGCUUGGGAAAUCCCGAAGGAAGUUGCGGGAGUUUCAAGGAAGGAAGCUGUCACACGAACGAUCUAUCCAACACAGUGGAGAAGGCUUGCGUUGGACAGAGAAGCUGCAGCUUGGCUCCCGACUUUACCACUUCCGCGUGUCCCGGGGUCCGAGAAAAGUUCUUGGCAGUAGAAGCUCUUUGCUCUUCUUAAUGGUCUGUGCGUUUUUUUUCUUCCUCUAUAGAUUCAAGUCUUUCUUUCGCGUA